AUGAGAUAAAUUCAAAGAAAGCAUUAACUCUAGAUCCUUUAAAAUGCAUAUAUGAAUAAAGGUGAAUUUUUUUUUAAGCAGUUGUAAUCAAUUUUAUAAAUUUAGGAUUCUCCAUUUAGAAAUUUUAUAGAAGGCAAAAUAUUAAAUUUAAUAAUAAUUACAUAUUAUAUUAAAGGUAUGCGAUAUUGUAAAAAAAAAUAGGUUUUAUUUGAAUUCCAAAUUAGAAAGGUUUAUAAUUAAGAUAAAGCAAAGUUGUUAAAAAUUUUAGCUAUUCUUAAAUUGAUUAUUAUUUUUUAAAUCAAUUUUGAUAAAUGGAAGCUUUUUGAAACAGUAAAGAGAUUCAAUAUUGGUUUUAAAAUAAAUUUCAAUUUUGAAUAACUAAAUUUUUUACCACCUUAGCAAUAUUUUGAUGAUAUUUAGAUGCUCUCAAUAUGUUCUCAAAUUCAAUAAUUAAAAAGCUUUAAAUUUAAAUCCUAUUUACUAAAAAAUAUUAAUUAUUCUCUAGGAUUUUUAUUUAAUAAAAAUUUAAAGAAAACUAGAGCAUUAGGAAGAAGAAUUUUCUUUAAAACGAUGAAAAGGAUUUCAUUUUUGUUUUUGAAAUCCAAAUUUGAAUAAAUUUUUAUUUAUAUUUAAAUAUUAUGA